GUUUAUAAAUAAACAACUUUUUGUAACCACGAGUGUGUUUGCAGUGGUACAGUUCUACACGUAAGUAGGAGAAAUGACAAGGAUGGCUGAAGUACAACCUUCACCACCAGUUAACAUGGUUACAGAUCAAAACAGAAGAGUUCAGCUUGUUGACUCUGUAAAGAAAGCCUUGUUUGUUAUAGGAUCACCACUUUUGAUAUUUAUAGCAUUCAGAAAUUCUGUUGUAUGGCAUCUACAACAAUUCUGGGGAGCAUCUGGGAAUUUCUGGCAGAAUUUAUGGGACAGUGUGUAUGACUUGUUUGGAAGGAAUGAUCUGGCAGUAGGAGUUAUAGGAACAAUUCUAUUCACUAAUGGUGUAAUAUGGGGUGCCAAUGCUUUAUUACUGAUCUUAGAUGCCACAGGAAAACCUGGUUUUCUGCUAAAGUAUAAAGUUCAAGAAGACAAAAAUGUACCAGUUGAUAGAAAGAAGUUAAAGAAGGCUGUGAAAAUUGUUUUGUUUAAUGGAUUUGUUGUUUCCUUUCCCAUGACAUUGUUUGGAUUUUAUUUGAUGAAAUGGCGUGGCUGUGCCAUUAGUGGUGAGAUGCCUUCAUUUGCCUGGGUUCUGUUAGAGCUAACUGUGUUUAGUUUGGUGGAAGAAAUUGGAUUUUACUACUCUCACAGACUGAUGCACCAUCCCAGACUUUAUAAGCACUUCCAUAAGCUACACCAUGAAUGGACAGCUCCAAUAGGGAUUAUAUGUAUCUAUGCUCAUCCCUUAGAGCACUGUAUCAGUAACUUGAUGCCCAUCAUGAUGGGACCAAUAAUAAUGGGGUCACACUUAGCUACAGGUUGGAUGUGGUUCUUCGCUGCUCUGGUUUCCACGACUAUAUCCCACAGUGGUUAUCAUUUCCCGUUCCUCCCAUCACCAGAGGCACAUGAUUUCCACCAUCAGAAGUUUACCAACUGUUUUGGAGUUCUUGGUGUACUGGAUCGUCUCCAUGGAACAGACAACAACUUCAGGUCCAGUAAAGCCUAUGAGAGACACAUCAUGUUACUAAGUCUGACACCCCUGUCUCAACAGUAUCCAGAUACACCACCAAAACAAUGUUUGGAGAAAACAUCUGAUUACAAACGUGAUUAAAAGGUUUUAAUACCACACACAAUUGUGGGAAACAACCUAUUUUACAAUGUUUAAUAUUUGAUUAUUUUAUGUCAACAAUUUUUUUGUUACCCUUGUGUUAAUGAAGAGCAUAUUGACUGACUUUUAACCUGUAGCCAUUGAAAGAUAUAUUAUAGGUUGUUAGACCAGAUUUGCUGUUGUGAUCUGAUGUGUGAAAGUUAUUUGAUCUGUUUUACAGCUUUGCUGUUAUUUUUUUAUGUCCAUAUGUUAUUAUUCGGCUAGUCAAUUUGAGUCAGUAUAAUUAUUUGUUGCGAUGUCAAACUUAAUACUAAUAUUUCAGAAUUAAGACUUUGGUAUUACUUUUUAGGGCAGCCUUAAGGUUUCAAUGACUUUUAUAUCUUAUACAUUUGUUUCUACUGUAUUGAUUGAAGUUGUUUAUGGAUAUACCUUGUGUUUGAUGCUAUUGUAUCUGACAGGUUUCAUAUAAAAUUAAUCUCAGUCUCAGAGCUCAUUUACAUUUAGUUUAAAUCAAAUAAUGCAUUAGGUGAGACAGUCUACUGUUUCCACACUUGUUUUAAAUUUGGUUAUUUUUACAGAUUAAUGACACCCAGUAUAAUUUAUUAGUUAAGGAUGUUUGCUACUCUGUUUCAAAAUAACAAGCUUUUUAAAAGACUCUUAUAAAUUGAAAGUAUAAGAAUAAAGGAACUAAACAAGCAGAAAAAAGGGUUCGUGUGUUUGUUUUCGAGAUAUAAGCCAUUGAAAAUUUGAUGGGAAUUGAUUCUCUCUAGAUUUUUCAUACAUUUAACAUUGGCACCUUUUUUCUUUCAUAAACUAUAAAAAAAAUAACAAGGAUUUUAUAAGAUUUUCAUAAUAUAUGGCCUUUAAACUAUAUGUAAUAAAAUUAUGAAAAGAAAAGUAUGGGUUUGCAAGCAACAUUUGUAAUGGCACUACAUGGAUAAAACCAGAGGAUUCCAAAUAUCUGGCAAAAAUUCAAAAACAAGAGCGAACAUCCUUAACUUCCAGAAUGUAUUAUAAUAAUAAAUAUUCAAUAUAUGUUUAUAUCAGUUUAGAAAUGACUAGAGCAGAAACUGUCAUUCAAUAUAAGAUAAACUUAUAUAAAUAGAUCCAUUGAUUGAAUGAUGGAUGGUGCUUCACACUAUAUUUGGCACAUUUAGCUAUAUCAAGGCAGUUUUUAUUGCUAGCUCAUGGUGUAUGUUUUGCUUUGACUUAUAAUUAUUGAUUGUCCUGUUGGUAUAUUCUGCCUCUUGUUAUAUAUAGAAAUUAUAUUUACUUUUAUUAAUUAUGCCUUUGAAUAAAGUAAAUUGAAUAUUGGACUAAAUAGGUCACUAAUGUUAAGAUACAUUGUACUUAAAGGAUAAAUGUACCUUGUAAGUUAAAAAUGUAACUUACAAAUUGUAUAAGGAAUUGCUGCCUAGACCAUGUAGACUGCAAAUUCUGUUUUAUGUUUUACAUAUAUUUAAUUACCAUGCAAAAAAUAAUGGUUAGUACUUUUAUUAGUUAUAUUUACAUUAUCAGAGGAUUCAAGAAACUAUUAAUUUGGUUACCUGUGAAAAUACAGGUAAAAACUAAGAAGGGUACACUGAUGGACACAAACACAGAAAUAGUAACACCUGUGUUUGUUUGUCUUUAUGUGCUACAUUUUUGAAUGUCAUAUAAUUUGUACAGAAAUUGUUAUACUAUUUAUAAGGAUUUAAAAGUGAUGCAAUUAAGACUAGAGGAUGCUAUGAGUUAAGUUAAGCAGCUGAUGGCAUUUUAACAUAUUUUAGCAUAAUUUGGAUUGUGUUAUAAUUAUUUAGUUUUUUCUUGCAUUUCAAUGCUUUCAUAGAUCUGCAAGUCUUGCCAUGUUGUAUUUGCAAUACCUUUUUCUGAUAUUUGUUCUGUUAUACACUAGUAGUUGUACUGUUAAUAGUCUGUUGUCUUUAAGUCUCCCUCCAUUGUCAACAUAGUUGUUGUGAUUGUGACUGUCGUCUGUCUAUAAUAUUUCAAAACUAUCUUUGGAAAUCAAAGGCGCAAUACUCACUCACAAUCAACCUUAGGGUGUUGAAUUAAAUAUUUUUGAGUGUAAAACAGGCAAAAUGGUUGUACUUAUGGCUCUUUUUAAAUAUUGAUUAAUUUCAGUUAAAAGUUCAGUAAUAAUUAGUUUCAGAUAAAUCACAAAAUACUGUUCUUGAUUUUUCACUUGCAAUGAUGUUUGAUUUUUUUCUCUCGCCACAGUUAAUCCACAAGCAAAUUAUCCCAUUAUGUGACGACUGUAAAUUCUAGUAUAUAGUAGUUUUGAACAUGGAUUACCUGUCACAAAUAUGUAAUAGAAAUGAAGAAAUUGCAAAUUUUUAAGAUAAACAUGUUGUGAACUAUGGGUCUGACGAGUGGGGAUAAAAAACAUUGAACAUUUGAAAACUGUUAAACUGUGUAACCAGAAUACAAUAUGCUAUCUAGUUUAAACAUUUAGAUAAAAUACUGUUAACCAACUUAUUUUCUUGCUUACCUCUUUCUAGUAGAUUUCUUGCUGACUUAGUUGCACUAUUUCUUUUGUUCUUGGAUUAAUACUCAUAUGUUUCAAGUUUGACAUCAUUGUAUUUGGGUUUUUUUUUUACUUGCUGAAGUCUUAAAAUGAAAUCACUCCCAUUUAUAAGUUGGUCAACAGUAUGUCACUUAAUCACUGUUGUGCUUUUCCUGGUAAAAAAAAUACCAGAUUGUAAUUUUUGUAUUAACUUUUGUUGCAUUUAAAAAACAACAGUACAUUAUAUAAUAAUAAUAAUAUUUCAUUAUAACUUUAGUAACAUUCUUGGUUUUGCUAUUUUCAAUGCAACAAUCAAUGCAGUUUUCUUUUUGUGAUAUUUGUCAAUGUAAAUAAAAUAUUAUUUUUUGCUGAAAA